GGUGGCGUGUAUAGUGGGUGCUUCUAACCGACAUUCUUGAGCUAGCAGGUCUGCGAUUGGUCGUUCGUUAGGCAGGUCAAGCGCUACCACAUCGGUUGGAGUUAGUGGCUGGUGUUUAUCGGGUCGUUUGAAAAUUCUGGCGAGAAAAAUCGGUCCGAAAGAUUAAGGAUUCUUUUUCCAACUCCGUGGGAAUCCACGCCUUAUUCGAAAAUCGGCGCGUCGUGUCGAGUUUGAAAAAAGUCCCCGGAAAGUUGCGCGGGAAUCGCUUAAAUUCCAAACCGUUCGGUAUCGGUCCGCAUUAUCGCGACACCUUACGCGGAAUAUGAUGUUUUUGUGCGGCUACAUGAGGACUGGAAUGUUUUGACAAGUGGAGAGCCUGGUGCGUGCCGAUCGCCCAACGGAGCGUCCUUCCUCGCCGAUGAAGCUGGCCCUCGAUCCGCCACCGCAGCCCCACUCCGAUAUUUCAUAAUCGAGGAUGCCUACACCGACGCCGACGGCGACGGAGACGGGCGGCGGGGAGGCUCUCGCCGUUUUGGCUGGAGACGUGCUUGUCCUGAGAGGUGCCGGGCUGGCCGCCCCCGAGACGUGGGCGCUUCUCUGUCAGGCUGCCCAGGCCCUCCAGGAUCUCUUUCUCUCGAACGGCGGAGUGGUUGGAAGUUCGGGGAUGGGUCCUGUGGUGACUCCGCACACCCUCGAGCUCACUCCACGUGGUAGGGUGAUCCUUCGGUCGGCGCCACCGGAAACGGCGCGGGCCUAUCUACCCCCGGAGUAUCGUCCUGGCAGAACCUAUUCAGACACCGACUCCGAGAAGAUGUGGAUGUACUCGCUGGGCAGGGCGCUGUUGGAUACGACACCCCGGGGUGCAGCGCUGACUGGGACGGGGUCGGUGUCGCCAUCCUCUGCGCUGCAGUCCGUCUUGGCCGCCAUGACGGAGCCUGACCCACGCCGAAGAGCUUCUCUCAUGAACCUUCUAGACGUAAUAUCAGAAUACUGCAGGACUCGCCUCCAGACGAAGCCCUUCUCACACAUAGUCAUGGACAUGUACCGAGAGGUGGUGCGAUGUCCGCAAUACGCGAAUCGAAAACGAGUCGCUCUUCAGGGUGCCAGAUUAAAGCUUCAACAAGGCCAACAGCAGCCACCACCUCAGCCGCACUUCCCAAAGCACCAUCAGGUAAAGGGAGCCCUUUUCAAAGCCCAGUCACGGAACUCCAGGUCGCAACCGAAUCUUCUCAGUCUACCGGGGUGCGAAAGGUCAUUGGAAAACGGCACAAGACCUGAGUUCCAGUCGCAGAUGAACAUCCAGAGUAAUCCGGGGGCCCCUGGGCCCCCGUACCACGUGAGGACGAGCUCUCAACCGGUUCGCAGCGAUCAGACAGAAACCAGAAAUGAUCUGCUGGCCACGUCCCGAAGGAAGAACCUUCAAAAUUCCUCCGGAAAUAUCUACAGCGAUCCGAUCUAUUCGCUUCCGGUAAAGCCGUUCCGCAGCACGCAGGACGUUCGCAGUAUGAACGGAGCAAAACCGUUCAAGGACCAUUCGAGGAGCACGGACAUUUAUGGACAGACGACAAGAGCGCCUUCAGGAUCUCGUGAAAAAUACGCAGCGCAGGGGCUUCCGCAUCAUCGUCGCGAGGCUUCGAAUCCCCAGCUGGUGACCAGGGCGAAUGAACCGAAUCCAAAGCGCUGCAGUGGACCACCUCAAUUGACUCUUUUUACGGUGCAGACCAAUGGUGAUCCUGCGGGAUGUCAAGGACCGAUCACAGUUCACGCCGAGAGUAAAUCCUGCUCGACUCAGGAGAAGAGCUUUACUCCACGUGGUCCGGUCCCUCCGAAACCACCUCGGAUCAUCACGACCCUGAAGAGGAUGGCACCGGCUUCGAGUUCGGACGUUGAGUCUGGUCCACCUGUCAAGCCACCCAGGAGUGCAAUCAAGUGUGGACCAAGGGCACGACGAGGAAAAGCGGUUCAGAGAGCACCGUCGCGAUUAUAUCGGGCGGUCGGUGGUCCAACAAGAUCAUUGAACAAGACGCGAUGCGUCGGCCCGGAAUUCGUUGUACGUGCCAAUCAACAACCCAAGCAGCUGGUCGUCGGCGACGUCAAAAUCGCAUCUUCGAGCCGCGUCGUGGUCAUUCUUUUGACCGGACAGAGACUCGAGGUCACCUGUGAUCCACAGAAAAUAACUGCUGGAGAAUUGUUUCAGGCGGUGGUCCAGGCGGAGAAUUUGGAGGAGAACUUUACUCUUGGUUUGGCAGCUCUGUUAGCUGGGGACUUUGCCAUCCUUCCUCCAGACACAAAAUUAAGUAAAGUUGCGCCCCCGGGUUGGUUAAACAAUGGAAAAAAUAAGGGCCUCUUGGGACUACCGACAAGCUUUAUGCUGUACUUUCGACUUCGAUUUUUCCUCCCUUCGCUACGCGGAAUAAGAAGUUGGUGUUCAAAGCAUCUCCUUUACCUUCAGCUGCGUCGAUGCAUAUUAGAACAGCAAUUGAUUUGCUCGUUGGGUCAGUUGAUCAGUCUAACCGGCCUUGCUCUCCAAGCUGAGUUCGGAAAUUACAGCACGAACGAACAUGGUUGCGGUGAUUACUUCCUCCUCGAACACUACGUGCCAGAAUCGCUGGUGCUGAGUAGGGAGCAGAUAAAGUCCGAGCUUUCGGGAAGCACUGAGGCGUUACGGGCCCAGCUGCAUCAGGCCCACAGAGAGAGAUUCGGCCUGGACACAAACAAGGCUGAAGAGACGUUCAUCGAGUACGCCCAAUCGCUCGCCGACUAUGGCGCCCACUACUACAUCGCAACCGUGGACAUCAAGGAACUUGGGAAGGUCCUGGCCCAGCAAAUGGGUCCGGAAAUCACCGCCGGGAAGGAGCAACGAAAAGGGGACGCUGGCGUCUACACUGAGACCGAGAACAUCUACGAUAUGGAGAAGUCAGGUGAUGAUCCGAUUUACGGAAAGAUCGAUUUCCCCAGCGAAGACGUCCUCAGGAUACCCUAUUCGGACGAGCAGAAGAUCGGGAUAAAUGAGGAACUUUACGCCGUCCCGAGGCCCCGGGCUUCUUCAACAACGCGAAGGACCGAGCAGAACAACAACAUCAGCAAGAACAAUAAAAUUAACAACGUCAAUAGCAGUAAUGGCAAUAACCACGGCAGCGGGAUCAACAAGGCCAAGAAGUCCAACGAGAGCGGCGUUUGGCUGGCCAUUCACGCCGAUGGACUCAAGCUCUUCGACAGGGGCGGUAGUCCUAGGGAAAAAGUCGAACUAGCCAGGUUUAAGUGGCGCGAUAUUCAGACUCUAAGUUACAGCAAGAGUUGUCUCAUCGUUCACACGAAGCUUAACGGGAAACGGUGCAAGUUCAAGCUCAGGAUGGAUCAUAGGAAAAGCUACUUCGCUUUCAAGCUGACCUCUCUUCACCAUCAAUUCUUCCUUAAAUUUAGGGCUGAGCUCACCUCACUCCAAGGUCUUGCGGCGGAGUUUGGGGUGCCGUUGACUAUGGAGCCGAAUUCCCCGCUCCCAAAAUCGAAACCGGAUAACGGAAAGAACAAAAUAUCGAUUGCCGAAGCGACGAAGAAGCAGGAGAGCCAAAAGUUCUCGAUGCAGCUUGAGGAGUACCAGAACAAGGAGAACGAAAACCCUCAGAAGAAGAGUCAGCCUGUCGUCCCGGAGCCGAUUCGUUAUACGCCCGAAGAAGAUGCACUUUAUGCUCAGGUGCACGCGCGUCUCGAGCCCGAAGGAGCUUCGAGGGACACCGAAGACGAGUCUGAUCGCGGAUUGAUCGGUCCUCGGCAUCACUUCAAUCCCAAGAAUCUCGCCCAGGCCGAAACCUACAGGGAAGAGGACAAGCUCUACGCCUACGCGAAGGUUGGCCCGCCCGGGCGGAUCGGGCAACCCGGAGCCCUGUCGAAGCCCUUCUCCUCCGACGCUAUUGACCUCAUUGUCCGAAGCCCGGAUAAACCCGAGGACAUAUACGCAGCCAUAAAUAAGACCGGGCAAUCUAAAAAGUUCAAGUUCCCUGUGCCCGAGGAAGUCUGGGAUGUCACUGACGUCACCGACGUUACUGACGUCAAAAAAACCUCACAGCAGGUAAAGACGUCCAGCCUUCCAAACUACGGAACGCCAAGACAGAUGACCGGCUUCCGGUCGCCGAGUCUUCCCCGUAGACUUGGGGUGAAAAUGGGGACCAGGGCUAUCUACAGCAGUCUUCAACGGGAUCCCAACCUUGCCGACGUUACCAGUGACUUGGAGUCGUUAUCGCUUAAGUCGGACACAACGUCGUCUGCUCAGUCGGCAUCCGCUGACUCACCGCUACCGGAGGCAUACGUACUCAACGCGGAUAUCAGAUCGGACGACGAAACUUUCCGGGUUCCCAUUGACGAGACGAUGUCCGCCUCGCUUAUGGCCAGGCUGGACGAACUGUCCUUUGCCGAGGAGCGAAUCCUCCACUCGAUACAGCUCGAACGAGGCCAUGGGGGUAGCAUAGGGCUCCAGGUCACCGAGGGCAAUGAUGGCGGCGUCUACGUCCAGGCGGUUUCCGUUGGAGGGUCUGCGGACAUGGCCGGAAACGUGAACAAAGGAGAUCGAAUUGUUGCCAUAAACGGGCAGAGCCUCCUCAGUCUCCGCUAUGAAGAGGCCUUGAAGAUGCUCCAGAGUUCCGCGGAGACGGUGGAUCUUGUUUUAUCGCAGAUCGUUUCCCGCGGAAAUCCAGAUUCUCAUCGACGUGGACCAAUUGAGAACAAUUAUUUGCAGAACAUCAGGUUCGACAUGGCCUCGGAACUCGACUCGACGAACGCAAUGGCUACAAAGUGGUUGGGUCAGAGAACCACACACGAGGUUGGAUCUGUGCAGAACACCUCAAGCGCUUACAGCAGUGCCUCGUCCAGUGCGAUGGGGAAUCACCGGGGUAUAAACACUCACUACCUUACCGACGUCAUUGGCGACGAUGAACUCAACUCGGCCAGCAUACUCCUCGGCAUCGAGGACUUUGACCUGAGCCGUACUAGUCGCCAGGUCUUCAUAUAAUAAUUGAGACUGAACGCGUGCCGCAGCACAAGACGAGCUCAUCAGGUCAGCCCCGCCGAUUCCACCGCGGCGAAUAAAGCGUAAAACGAAGCCAUUUCUCGAUCCAACAGCGUGCUCUUCGUCGUCCGCAACAACUCCAGUGUUUCUAUCGGAGCGCAGAGUUCGUCUUCC